GUUCAACCAACGAAUCAAGCCACCCUGCCUUGAGCUCAUCCGAGGAGUCGACGUGGUCGGCAAUUCCAUUGCUUCAUACGACAGCAGCGCCGUUUCCAUUGGUCACCGUGGCCAAGAGGACAUUGUCGGCUACCUCACCGGUGUGAGGAUUCGAGAGGACAUGGGUGGCUGAGAUCUAACCACCCCAUCGGAACACGCAAUCAGACCGUGGUUUCCAUAACAUGACGUCCAACUUGACUGCAGCUGCAGGUGAUUGAUGCGAUGGGGGGCAGCUGUUCGGUUUGGUCAGAUGUCAGCUGCCUGCGGCUCGAGGACAUCGAAAUCGUGCAUGAGUACGAAACCACUGAGGCGACCCGGCGGCUGACUGAGGGAAUUGUCCGUCGCACCUUCACUUACCAGCAGCAAGUCACGGAACUCAUCCAACGGCAAGAGGCCGACGCGGAUCAUGUGCUCAUGCUGCGUGUGCAUGGUCUCGAACCGGACAAUAUAGCGUGCCCCUGGCCGUAUCGGCUUCUGGCGCUUGUCAUCGAGAACCUGAGCGACCACACAGUGCCGACCAUGGGAGCCCUGUGCAGCGAAUCGGAUUGGCGUGUACGUCGUGUUUGUUUCCCUCCCUGGCCGUCUCGUCAGCUGGAGGCGGCCAUAAUGAACGCUCUGGUUAGCAGCAGAGAGGCACAUGCGAACUUACAGACAUCAUCCUGCUGUCUCUCUGUCUCUCUGUCUGUCUGUCUCUCUGUCUGUGUCUUUCUGUACGUCAGAUCGACGGCGGGGCCAACAUCGACAGCGUUGCCACCGGGGACGACGACACGCCACUUCGUGUGGCCAUUCGUGGGGUCAACCAGAGUGCCUUGAGAGUCCUUCUGGUGCGCAACGCUGCGGUGCAUAGUCCUUAUGGCCCCUUUGUCUUGGACCUGCCCGUGCCCCGCAGCGGCGAGCAUCGUGACAAUCCAGUGUGCCGCGACUACGAAAAAGGGCUCUUGUCGAUCUAUCGGCUGCUUAUCCAGCAUGAUGCCACACUUGCAACCGAACAAGACCAGCAGCGCUGCAAUCUGGUUCGAGCAGCCAAAUACGAGCACGGGCACUAUUCCCAGGCCUUCAUCGAUGAGUACAUAGACUUGCUGGCGGCAAACGGGGCUGAUGUGAAAGCACAGAACAGCAAUGGGUUGACGCCUCUGCACAAUGCGGCAUCGCUCGGCUCCACCUGUAUGGUCGCCUCCCUGGGCCGCCAUCUGACCGCUGCGGACGUCAACAGUGGGACCCGAGGCGAUCCCAACAAGACGCCCCUAGCUUUAGCCGCAAGUGGCCUCGAAUCAGCGAUUUGGACAUCGGAGAACGACACAGAAAAUCAAGAACAAAAGGACAAAGCGCUCAGCGAGAUUCCCCGCUUCUGGGCGACGAUCCGCGCGUUGCUGAGAAUGGGGGCCGACAUCGACCGCAUGCCCACAAACACCACUGACCAGAUCGGUCGUCAACAGCUGGUGCUGCCCGACUACAUGAUCGUCCUGAACGAGUUGCCCACUGCGGCGAUGUCAGCUGUCAAUGCGGCCCUGCGACCUCAACGCAGCCUCGCUGCCUUCCUCAUGAAAUCCCUCCCCACCCUGCUCGCCCACCUGCAGUGUCUCUCUGGCGCCUCUGUGGCCAUCCCGCCUCCUAUCCCCGCCUCCCAUGGAUAUGGCCCACUCGAGGGAGAGGCCAUUGGCUGGAAGAUCGCCGCCAUGUGCUUCGACUGGGAUGCUGCUGCCACGAUGAUCAGUCAUACUCUGCCAUUCCGCAACAGCACCGUCGCUCGUCGCGUGACGGCCGCAGCGGAUCACUUUGUCAAGUCGGCUGUCUUCGAGGCCAGCUGCAACAAGGAGGUGGUGGGCAGGACGACUAAUGUCGGCGGCGAAACGGUGCGUGUCCCGCUGCAGUGCUUCGCCAUCACGGCUGACAGCCGCCCGAAUGAGGUCGUGCACACGCAUGGCCGUCUAGGGCUGCGUGAGGUGGUGCACAGGGCCCGGCUGGACGAGGCGGCCCGGUAUGACCUGGUGGGCGUAGUCAAGGGCUUCAAUGAGCAUUUGGGCAUUGACGACUGCCAGCUGUCGUGGCGCAUCGACGAUAGGGGGCAGUGGGUGUCGCUCGAGAUCGACUGAGCGGCUGCUGAAGUGGAGAGGGAUAUUAGACAGAUUGGCCGAGUGAUUUGUGAGGUGUAGUCGAUCAGGACUGAGCUGCUUUAGCAAGCUGCAGAGAGACAGCUUGGUGAAUCUCAUGACUGCGAGCCAUAUGUCAGUGGCAGACACUUCAAUACGUCUGCGUGUGUACGAAUGCCGUGACCUGUCUCGAGUGAGCCUCAUCGGCUCACAGUGAAGUAGUUCACACACACAAUGGUACACACACGCACAGGUGAGAAGGUAGACAAGCAGAGACAGACGUGUUGAGUGCGUGGCCACAACACAAACGCCAUACACAUACACCCACAGAGGCAGCACGGGCAUAUGUGUGUGUCGUUCCUUUGUGUGUGUUGCAGGUACGGUCAUCGCCCGGGUGAGAGCAGCCACCGCCCCGAGUUGGCCUGGGUCUAUGUCGGCAGCCACAACCUCAGCAAAGUCAGUGAGCCAACAGACAAACAACCAGUACUGUGUGGUCUCUCUCGCACCAUCCUCAUGUAACCGAAUACACGACGUGUAAUCAACACGUCCAUGUGCAUGUGCAUGUCCAUGUACCCAGCCGGAUCGGGUGCAUGUCGUAUGUGCUUACAGUCGGGUCGAUCGGGUGUUGUGUUGUGUUGUGUGUGAUACUAGGUGCACACAUCAUACACGCGGCUAUGCACAUCUCAUUGGCCGCUUUUUUAUGACUGACUCGGUCAUCGGAAGGCCUUACUUGGGUGCAUACAGACAUUUCUUAGAGGCAAGUGAUGAGGUGGCUGGAAGAUGGGAUAUGAGGGCGCACCGGUGUUGUAGCUGCCUUAGAUAGAUGCGGGGAUCAAGGUGUCAGCUUGGUGUCUCUCGUGAUGUGGGAGUGGCAGGGGGAGGGGAGGGGUGAGGUAUGGGUGGCAGCCAGCUCAGUAUGUCUGCGUGGCGUCUGA